AUGAGUCCUUUACCUUCCAUGGCUCACACUUUUGCAUUGCUAAUUCAAGAGGAAAAACAAAGAGAGUUUAAACCAAACAAUCAGAUAUUUACAAAAGCAAGCUCAAUGAAUUCUUCAAUGAAUCCUUCCAUGAUGAAUGCAAGCUCUUCAGGAUCAUCAGGUGGAAAGUCAUUCAUGACAAACUACUCUCCCAAUAAUAAUGCAAAUGGGAGAUCUAGACCAUUCUGUGAUCACUGUAGAAAGCUAGGCCACACCAAAGGCAAGUGUUUCAAGAUACAUGGUUAUCCCCAAAAGAGAAGUCAUGGCAAUGCACAGAACCAUAAAGGUCAUAGUAACCAAAACAGAUUCAAUCAUAAUCAGAAUCACCAAAACAGAUACAAUAAUAAUCAGAGUCAAUACAACUCAAACUAUAAUCAUAGGUAUGCAAAAUGGAAAGGAAUAACAACAAAUGCCUUUGAGAUUGAUACUGAAUUAGGUAUUGAUGGACCUUCAAACAACUCAGUUCCCAACCUCUCAAAGAAGCAAUAUGGUCAACUACUCAAUCUGCGACAGAGCUUCCAAAUGAGCAAAUGUUGCAGGAGAAAAUGGCUAGAAAUGGAAGCAAUGAUUUAG